AUGCGCCUCUUCCUCCUGCCUAUAUCGACGCGCCGCUCGCUCAUCUACUGCGAAAGGGUCCACGAAAAAGCCCCCAAAGACCGCUCCGUCAUCGACAAGGUCACCAUCAAGGCGAACGAGACAUGGGCCGCCUGGGAAAAGGACGAAAAGGCCGUGGGCAAUUGGAAGAAGAAGGUCACCUUCUACGGUAACCAGGCGAUGAAGAGGAUACCGUACGAGGAGUGGGGACUGAAGACUCUGCCAUCUCUGACCGCAUCGCGGAAGCAAGCCAUUCUGGAUGGCAAAGAAAAAUACGAAGUCCUGUUUCCGGGCCGGUAUCUGAAGCAGGAAAAGCUGCCAGGCAUCCUCGAAAAACUCGCCAAGGAGAGACAGCUCAUGCACCGCAGCAAGCUGAUCUGGAGCAUCGUCAUCAUGCCCUUCACUGCACCCUUCAUGCUUGUACCAGUUAUACCCAACCUACCCUUCUUCUACGUACUGUACCGCGCAUACUCGCAUUGGACCGCACUGAACGGAUCAAAAUUCCUCGAGCAUCUGCUCAAGCACAAUCUGCCCACCCCGAAGGCGUCAUGGGCGCUCGACGAAGUCUACACAGCCGGCCUCAUGUAUCCCACGCGUCAGCUGUCGCGAGCGGCACCAAACCCCACGGAACAGCAGGCCGAAGAGGUGGCGGCGGUGGUACACAAGCAAACCAACAACGAGACGAAAGACGUCAUGGUACUGCAGCGAUGGAAUGGCAAGCUUAUUGCCGAGCAGUUCGACCUACCAGAUAUGGAGGUCGAGAUUGAGCGCGCCGUGGAGCAGGUCGAGACGUCAAUAAAGGGCAAGGAAGAGCUCAUGGAGGAGAAACUGGAGCUCGAGAGAGCAGCUGGCAAGACCGAUGCCAGAGCCAAGGAUGAGCUUCCUGAGCAUAUCACUGAGAAAAUCCAUGAGCAAGCAGAAAAUGUCGCCGAUAGGGCGAAGAAACAGGCAGAAGAGGGUGUUAAAAAAGCACAGGAGAGCAGCUAG